GAAGGCAAGAGGCAGGUGGGCAAAUUCAGGAUGGACGAGAGGCAUCGUUGUGUCCAGCUGUCGGUGAAUCCGUCUCGGGGACUCAUGGAUGAGAAGUUUGUCAUCCUGGUCCAGAAUGCCCCUCCUGAUUCUGAGCUGACUGUUUACGCCUUGCACCAGUGUGAGGACGGUCAUGGUUGGGAUGCGUUUGCUCACUACAUUUCUGAUGCCACCGGCAGAGUGAACGUGUCUGAGGACUGCAGUCUGGGAGGAACAUAUUCUGGAAUUGAACCGAUGGGUCUACUGUGGAGCCUCAGACCAGUUCCAGGCAGCCAACCUGGACUCAGGUUGCGGAAGAAGAACGUCCAGGAGCCCAUGUUGGUCACAGUGUCGGUGUGCGAGGGUCACAGGAAAGACGGCUUUGCAGAUCUUGUCCCUCUUGCCAGUGCCUUGGUGGAGCGCUGGUACAUGUCGCCUGGUGUCCGCAGGAUCCCGGUCACAAAGAAUGGAUUCACCGCAACCCUCUUCCUGCCCCCAGGACCUGGACCAUUUCCUGCUAUCAUGGACCUUUGGGGGGGUGGGGGCCAGCUGGUGGAGUAUUGCGCGGCGCUGCUGGCCUCACACGGCAUUGCUGCUUUGACCAUCGACUUCCUGACCCCAAUGAUUACCAAGGAAACAGGAGAGAUGGUGAACCUCCAGUACUUUGAGACUGCAUACGAAUCCCUGCAGGAGCAUCCUCAGAUCCUCGGGAGCAGAAUUGCCAUGCUGGGAUUUUCUUUGGGAACAACUGUCACCCUCAGAAUGGCUGCUUACUCCGAAGUUAUGAAGCUGAGAUGCGUGGUGUGUAUCAGCGGGAGUCAUGUGCAGCCGGUUGACAAAGACUUUGAAGGCAUUCUCAACUUGUUUGGAGAGAAUGCAGCUGAGAUCCACAUCAAUGAGGAGAACCAGGAAAUCUACCGAGAUCUGGUGCUGCCCAUCACCUCAGACUCUUCUAAGAAAGUAGAUGUGGGACGACUGCAGUGUCCUCUGCUGCUCAUCGUUGGUGGGGACGAUAUGAGCUGGGCCGCCCAAGAGGCUGCAAACGAUAUGAAGGAGAUGAUGGAGCGAGCAGGGAACAGCCAUCUGCUGACCAUCCUGUCCUACCCUGAGGCAGGUCACCUGAUUGAACCCCCGUACACGCCACACAUUCGAGCCACCAAAUACAGAUCAGCCAGCGCAAUGAUGGUUCUGUGGGGCGGAGAGACGGCGGCACAUUCCAGAGCUCAAGAGGACUCCUGGAAGAAGAUGCUGGUCUUUCUCAGGAUGAAUCUGUUCGGUGGAACUCGACCUGGUGGAAUGUCUAUUUCCGACCUUUAA